CACGGUUCGCUCCUUCCCGACGCGUCUCUCCGCACACGCGUCGAGUCCACUUUCACCUUCCGCGCCAGCAGCCCCGCACCCUCCCCUCGCCCUUCCCUACUUGCCGUCCGUCCUGCCUCCUUCCACCGGGCGGAGUAUGCCAAUCCUAUCACGCCGCAAUGCGCCGAAACUGCUACGCUCCGUGAACAACCGUCCGCACGCGAGCGAGGACGACCACCAGGAUGCACCGCGCAAGGCAAACAUGGAGGGAACACGCCAGCCGAUGAAAUCUCGCGCGGACGUCAACCUUCUUGCCGACCCUAUCUCUUCGAGCGAUGGGGAGGAAGCAGCGGCACGACCACUACUGCCGAGGAGGAACGAAGCUCUCCCGCGACCAUCGAUGAGCCAGGACUCGAAUUCGAAUGCGCGGAAGGGAAAGGGGGUCCAGGGGAAGAGUGCGAAAGGCAAGGCAAUGCGUGUGCCGCAGCGGGGGACGUUUGAUGCGGGGAUCAAGCACAAGGAUGGCUUGGGAGAGGAAGGGAAGACUGAGCUGGAGACCGUGUAUUUCGACAUGGGAGACACGCCGCGGAAGAAAGUAAAGACGAAGAACUUACACGCCGCCCCCGUCAGCUUCAGCAAGAAGUCCUUUGGCAAAGACAAGCCGAGUAGCGCAUUCUCCAUACCAAAGACACGCGACCUCAAGCACAUCGAAGACCUCGACAACGCUCUCAGCAGCAUGCUCGACGGCCACGAGAAGUACGUCGAGCUCUCCGACGACGAGCCCUCUCCGCGCCCGAAGAAACGCAUCCGCACAAUUCAACGUCUGCCACCGGGUUACGCGACAUCCUCGAAUCCCACGAUCAACGACUCCCAGACCAGCGCCCCUAGUUCGCCCCUCACAUCCAUAUCAUCCCACCUCGACAUCGACGACCUCCCCUCAGCGCAUUCUUCUGCGUACUCCCCAAUACCAGACUCAGACUCCACAUGCGCCCUCUGCCAGGACCCUGUCGACCCCCAAGAACAGCGCGACUUCUGGGCCACCCACCCCACCCACACUGUCCGCGACCAGAUGCUCUUCUGCAAGUCACACAAGCGUUCCAAAGCACAGCGAGCCUACACCGCACGCGGCUUCCCCGAGAUUGAUUGGUCCACCUUACCCUCCCGCAUCCGCGGCUUCCACAACGAUCUGGUCGCCAUCCUCCGCAACGAGACGCCCGAGGAGUCUGUCUACCGGCAAAAACAUGCUGCGCGCCUCGGCUCCGGGAAAGCCGCUGCGUUGCCAUCGAAGCGCCGGGGACGCAAGGACGCGUCGCAGGUUGUAGAACAGAGUUUGAAGGAACGUAUCGACGCAAUGUCCUCGUCAACGGGGUACUACGGUCCCCGCGGCAAGCGCGUGAUGAUGGAUGUCAUUACGUCUGAUCUGUCUGACGAGAUUCGGCAAGUCGCGGCCAAGGAUCCUGUUGUUGGGAGGAGCGGUUUCGCGAUGUUCUUGCAGGCAGUGCUGGUACCGGAGUGUGCCGUGUUGCUGGUUAUGCAGGAUUUGGCGGUGGGGUGGGAGGAUGCGAGGGAGGUUGUGGAGGAGAGCGGAGGCGUGGGGGAGAAGGUGAAUGAGGAGGUUGAAGAUAGUGUGGAGGGGAGUGAGGAUGAUGGGGAAGAGGAGGAGCAAGAGCUGGUGCAUGGUGAAGACGAGGAAGAGAAAUUGUGACUGCGGGACAAGUGUUAUUGGGGAUGUGGCGUUUUGGUGGAUCUAUGUUGUAUUCAGCCGCCUGGGACUGGCGAGCUUGUGCAUAUUGGGGUAUUUUUACUGGGCGUUACUACAAGUGAUACCAUGUCUGGAAUUGUGGGUUGGGUUAUUUGACGGGCGAUCGACGCUAUUCUGGCAGUC